UAUAAUUAUUUUUUAAUAUUUUUAUUUUUUUCUACUUUUAAGAAAGUCAUGGACAUGUUUGAGAAAGAUAAAGAUUAAAAAGAAUUAGAAAAAGGAAAAUAAACAAAUAAAUAAAGAAGUAACUCGUAGAGGUUUUGAUCUGUGGACGUAGCAUUGCAAAACUGUUACAUAUUAAACGACUAUAUUCCUUUGGGUAGAGCCGUGGAGCCAAAUCUACACGCCCAAAGGCCAAUUCUUUGUUGAUGACAGAAGAUAAAGGCUUUAAUUUUCUGGUACUUAUGCUUCAUGCUUCAAUUUCUCAACAUCUCACAUCUAUCUUCUUCAGCUUUAAGUCGGAAUUUUUUCUGUUUCCGAUCAGUUCUCGGCCGACAUUCAUUUUUCAAAUCACGUUAUAUUCAUAGUCAUAUAACUUAUGCCACCGACAAUGAAGUUGUUGUUGAUUCUUUUGACCGCCUUCUUCUACACUGCAGUGGAACCCAACAUUGCAAACAAAUUCAUACCCACAUUCUUAUCACCGGUCUCUACAGGUCGGCAUUCUUGGCCGCUCGGCUUCUCUCCGUUUAUUCCCGUUUUGGGCUUGUUAUGGAUGCCCAGAAAGUUUUUGACAUCUACCCACUUGAGGGUAUCGGAAACCUGCUUCUGUGGAAUGCAAUUGUGAGAGCUAAUGUCUCUCAUGGGUUUUAUAAAGAAGCACUUGAACUGUAUGAUAAAAUGCGGAAACUUGGAGUUUGGGCUGAUGGUUUUACUUUUCCUUUGAUUGUUAGGGCCUGCGCACUUUUGGGUGAUCUUAAUUUAUGCAAGAUUGUUCAUUGUCAUGUUUUACGAAUGGGUUUUCAAAAUCAUCUUCAUGUGGUGAAUGAGCUUCUUGGAAUGUAUGGGAAGCUUGGGCAAAUGAAGGUUGCGUGUAAAUUGUUUGAUAGGAUGGCUGUGAGAAGCUAUGUUUCGUGGAAUACAAUGGUCUCGGCUUAUGCUUUUAACUAUGAUUGUGAAGGUGCCAGGAAGAUAUUUCAACGGAUGGGAUUGGAAAGGUUUGAGCCUAACUCUGUGACUUGGACAUCACUGUUGUCGAGUCAUGCUCGAUGUGGGAAGCAUGAAGAAGUCAUGGAGUUUUUUGGAAUGAUGAGGUCGAGAGGAGUUGGUACAACUGCUGAGGCACUUGCUGUGGUGUUAUCUGUGUGUGGCUAUUUGGUUGCACCUAACAAGGGUAAGAUGAUUCAUGGAUAUGUUAUGAAGGGAGGUUUUGAAGCCUACUUGUUUGCAAAAAAUGCACUAAUAUGCAUGUAUGGGAAAUGUCGGGAAGUAGAGGAUGCACACAAAUUGUUUUUGGAGAUGGAAACAAAAAAUUUAGUGGGUUGGAAUGCAUUGAUAUCAUCAUAUGCUGAAUCUGGACAAUGCGAUGAGGCUUUUGAAUUGUUCACUCAGCUGGAGAAAUCAGAUGGUUAUCCAGUGAUGACACCUAAUGUCAUAAGUUGGAGUGCUGUUAUUGGUGGUUUUGCCUCUAAUGGCGGAGAGGAAGAGUCUUUGAAACUCUUUCGGCGAAUGCAGCUUACAGGAGUGAUGGCCAAUAGUGUGACUAUCUCUAGUGUUUUAUCUGUGUGUGCUGAGUUAGCUGCACUGAAUCUUGGUAGGGAAAUCCAUGGUCAUGUUCUUAGAGCAAUGAUGGAUGGUAAUAUUUUGGUAGGAAAUGGUCUAAUUAAUAUGUACACAAAGUGUGGAAGUUUCAAGGAAGGGCAUCUAGUAUUUGAGGCCAUUGAUGGCAAGGAUUUAAUCUCAUGGAACUCUAUGAUUACAGGGUAUGGGAUGCAUGGACAUGUUCUUUCUGCAUGCAGUCACGCUGGGCUAAUCACCGAGGGUCGAAAUCUUUUUGAUAAGAUGAAUAGAGAUUAUGGAAUUGAACCUCAAAUGGAGCACUAUGCAUGCAUGGUUGAUCUUCUUGGUCGUGCUGGGUUACUGCAAGAAGCAAGCAACAUUGUUAAAAACAUGCCGAUGAAACCCAAUGCCUGCAUUUGGAGUGCUCUCUUGAACUCUUGUAGGAUGCAUAAAAAUACUUCUAUUGCUGAGGAAACUGCCGCACAAAUUUCACAUUUGAACUCAGAAAUGACUGGAAGCUACAUGCUGCUGUCAAAUAUUUAUGCUGCAAGUGGGAGAUGGGAGGAAUCUGCUAGGGUGAGGAUCUCAGCAAAGACCAAGGGUUUAAAGAAAAUUCCAGGUCAGAGUUGGAUUGAGGUGAAGAAGAAGGUUUAUAUGUUCUCAUCAGGGAGCCCUGUGCAAGCAGGUUUGGAGUUGGUCUAUAGAAUACUUCAGGAAUUGGCACUUCAAAUGGAGAGUGAGGACUAUAUACCCGAUGGUGAUAGCAGCCUUGAACAGAAUGUUAAUGAUGGAGAAAUGAGCAUGUUGGUUGAGGCACAAUGACGAGGCUAGGAACGCUAGUAUUCUCAUCAUUGUGUCUAACAGAGUUCUGAAGAAGGAGGUUUCACUGAUACCAAAUUCUUCUCAAAGAUGUCAAAUUGAUCUGUUGUUUGUGUUACUCUUACAAAGACCACACUGAUUUUUCCACCGAUCCAUUACUGUUAUUUGGCAGGGAAGAUCACUCUCUUCCCCACUUUGCAUAGUCAAUGAAUAUAAAUUAUCUUUUCUUUUUUGUGCUCA